AUGGCUGGCCAAGGCAAUUCGACGGCUCUUGAGAAGGACGAUAGUAGUCCAGAUAACAUCGAGCAGAAACCUCACUAUCGACAUGGCGAUUAUGGCGGCAACCCCCUCGCCCACAUCCACUCCUACACCGACUCGGACUCUGCAUCCACGAGGCUGUCCGCCUUUGGGGGUGCUUUCCAGCCGGGUCUUUACAAGCCGCCUAAGCGCAAGUUCGCAAACCCUGUUCCUUUGGGGCUCUCGGGUUUUGCGUUGACGACGUUUGUACUUUCGAUGGUGAAUCUUGGGACGAGGGGGUUAGCGACGCCGAAUUUGGUUGUAGGACCGGCGUAUGCGUACGGCGGGCUUGUUCAGCUUCUUGCUGGCAUGUGGGAGAUCGCAAUAGGCAAUACCUUUGGUGGUACGGCUCUCUCUUCAUACGGCGGCUUCUGGAUCUCGAUAGGUAUCAUCUUGACACCGGGCGGCUUUGCGAUCGAAGACUCGUACAUGAACUCUGGGGACUUUUAUGCGGCUUUCGGGCUGUAUUUAAUUGGUUGGUUCAUCUUCACGUUCUUGCUCUGGAUGCUAACCCUCAAAUCCACCGUCAUGUUCAACCUCCUCCUCCUCACCGUCUGGAUCACCUUCCUGCUUCUCGGCAUCUCAUACAUGGACGCUCAAAACACAGCCGAAGGCAUGCCGAACGAGGCUUUGACGAGGGGCGGAGGGGGUACUGGUAUCGUGGCCGCUUUCCUGGCGUGGUACAAUAUGUACGCGGGUAUUGCGGACGAUUCGAAUAGUUUGUUCAUCAUUCCUGUGAUACACUUCCCGUGGAGCGAAAGGGGAAGGCAGCAGAGGAGAGCUAAGAAGGAGGGCGUGAGUGUUGAGGAACUUGCUUGA